AUGUUGGACUUUUGCUUCGAACGAAUCAAGACGCCGUGUUUUAUACCUCAAGUGCUCGGAAAUAAUGAGCCCUUCUCUAAGGCAAAAGGAAAGAUUGGUGUCAUCAAUAACCACCAGUUUGGCGAACUUUUCUGGUGCGAGCAAUCACAAUGUGUGGCCCAAUUUAACAACCAAUCAGAGCACUUGUUUGAAAAGGUUCUCUCUUUGCAAGAUUUAAUGGGAUUGGAAUUCAAGCUUGUCAGUGAUAUAUUCAAUGAGGAGUCUCUGUUGAAGGAUUUGGAAUUCUCUUGUUAUGAACCUCGAGUGCAGAAUUCCAAGAGUUUAGAAAUUGUUGAUCCUUCAACACUCUCGAGCGAAUCACAAAAAAGAAUAUCUAUUGCUUAUCAGUGUGUGGAGAAUCGAUACAAUGACAUGGAAAUUAUUGCAGGAAUAGGAUGUAAAGAAUUUAAAGACAAGUUAGGUGAUGCCAUUAGUGACUCUUAUGUAGAGCUUGUUGCAAGUAUUACUCGUGGAUGUUUCUCAUACGCAAGUAUCAAUUUGAAGGAUUUGAUUGAAGAGCAUGACAAUCCUUCAUUAUUGGUAUCUCAAUCACAACAACAACUCAAGCACUUUGAAAAACUUGCUCUUGAACAAUUAUUCCAGGUGGAGAGUACCCGAAUUCGUGUUUGUGAUCCCUUCUCCGAAAGUGGUGGAGUAAUUAUUGAAAAUGUUAAACCUGGUUUGUGGAAAUGGGCUCAAUAUGGGUGUGACUCGAAAAUUAAUGACAGUACAGAUUAUGUCGCUCAAUUACUUGCAGUGCAUAGCGAUCACAAGUACUUGUUACAAGAUCCUAAAAUUUGGAUCAUUCCUGAGGGCACUUAUCAAAAUGAUAGCUCUCAAGAAAAUGAAUUCGACGACGAACACAACGAAAUGGAAGAUGAUAGCUCUGAUGAAAAUGAGAGCACUUUUCAAAACGAUUACUCUGAAGAAACUGAAAUGAGUAAAUUUCACAAAAAGGAAUUGGAAGGUGGAUGGUAUGUCAUGAAGCUUGGUGUUGGAGUUGAUGUGGCUAUGGCAGGAAUUUAUGAUCAAAAGUAUUUCAAUGAUGCAUCCGUUUUAGAGCUCGAGAAGAAGCAAAAUCGAUCUGCUAUUGAUCUUUUUUUCAAAUUCAGUUCUUACUCGGAAUGGCAGGAAUAUGUGAGUAAGGUGAUGGAGCAACAAAACUAUCCAAACAGCAUUCCAGUGCCAUAUGGAAUCAUUUCAUCGUAUGCAUGUUUGUUUAAAAAGAGUGAAGAUCAAGUGGUUGCUGUGAAAUUGGUGUUCGUAAACGACACUGAUUGA